AUGGAGCUAUACAAUGAAGACGAUCUGUUUGAGGACGCCGAGGACGACAACGAAGAGCCUGAUGGAGUAGCUGAUGCGUCUGAAGAACAGGCUGGAGAUGUCAUGGCCGAGAACAGUGACGAUGAAAUGGAAAUGGGCGAGGACGACGACGAAGACGACGACGACGAGGAGGACGACGAUGGAGAAGCUGGUCAAGAAGAGGUUGGAGACGCUGAGGAGCCCGAAGACUCGGCACCUAUAGACAUACCCACCUUGAAAGCUCCCACUGAAGAAAUUGAGGUAACUGCAACCAAGUUCAGGGAUCGUUAUCCGGUCAAGCCUGACCAGUCUUUACUGGAUGCUAAAGUGUACGACGUUGUGCCCACAAUGGCGUUUGUGCAUGGGUGUUCGGUGUUCAGCAUGGAUGCUUCGUGGGGCGGGAAAUGGUUUUUCACUGGAGGUGAGGACGGGUUCAUCCGGCGCUACAAUUUAGCCGACACAGUGAACGGCAAACAGACGUUGACGGUGGGCCAAAGACACGCGUUUUCAGACUCUGUCACAAAAGCCGGUGUUUUGACGUCGUAUUUUGAGAACGAACAGCCGCUUCCCAAAUUAGAAUAUAAACCAGAUGCUGAAAAUAACUACAUGCCAAAGCUGAGUCCUGUGUUUUCUCUGGCUGUGCAAAGCGAGGCACUAUGGCUAUGCAGCGGGCUGCAAAGUGGUGGCAUUUCAAUUGUGAGCACGCGCUACGGUGAAGGUAAUAUUAUAGCCUAUUUGGAUGGCCACAAGAACACCGUUAGCGAACUACGUCUGUCUGGCCAAGAAACCCACUUGCUAAGUGGAAGCUGGGACAAAACUGUCAAGUAUUGGGACCUUGAAGGAGGCAAGGUUGUUCAUACAUACUCAAAUAUGAAUGGUCAAGUUUCCACUAUAGCUUGGCAACCAGUUGGGGGUCCACUGCUUCAACCGGACGACGACAAAUCUAUGGGAUCGCUGUUUGGCAGCGAUGAGGAACCAGCUGAAGAAGCGGGUAAUAACGAGGAAACAACUACAGCAAAAGAAAAUACCGGCUCCUCAUUCCUCUCAACAACCAUGACAGGACAUGUAGAUGUAUGGGAUACGCGAUCAACGUCCGUUUGUCUGCAAACCGCCGGGUCCACUGCUCCUCCGUGGUGUAUGUCUGCUUGCUGGUCUGUGGACGGAAAACUUAUUUAUGCCGGCCGUCGUAAUAGCACUGUCGAAGAGUACGACGUGCGUAAGGCCUCGACUCCGGUCAGAUCACUCAAGUUCCCUCAGAUUAGUGGUGCGGUUACUUGUGUCUUGGCCAUGCCUAACGGUCGCGGGCUGAUGUGUGCGUCAAGCGACAACGUAAGAUUGUACGAUUUACAGGCCAGUGACAAGCGCACGCCCUUUGUUCUUGUUCCUGGCUACCAUGGUUCGCUCAUUGGGCGAAUGUACCUCGAUCCCUCUGGGCGAUAUUUAAUUACUGCAAGCGGUGGAAGAGGCUGGCUCGAGAGUGGAGGAGACGUUGUUUUAGGCUAUGAAAUUUCUCGGGAAUCCUAA